AUCUACUCCGAAAAAAAUAAAAACAGCUGUUCAAAGUCCCAAAAAAACGUUUAAAAAAAUUUUGCAACGUCGAUAAAACCCCCCACAACUCAAAAUAUAAUCAAAAAUACUUGGAUAGUGCGGUUGGAGUAUGAAAUAGCGUUGAUAAUUUUUUUUACGAGGAGAUACCAGAAUUUUCUAGAGCUAGUGUCAGGGGUAUUUAAGCUGUUGGCACAGGUUGUCUGCGCAGUAUUAUUUUUUUUGACAGAACAGAUGUGUGACCGUCAGAGAAUUGUUGUGGUAUUUUGUUGACAAGAUUAUCGAGAAUUUUCCUCGGUUGAACAUGAAUUUGGAUUAUGAUCCCUCGAUUCAGGGUUUCGAGAGGUUCUGUCGGUGCUCCAAGGCAUGUAAAUGUGGACAGGGGACAGAGCACGAGUGGUCGUGGGACGAAAAACUGGUGACGAAAACUGCAGAACUUUCAGAACAUAAUUUAGAAGUUAAAUUUCACCCUGGAUAUAGCAAUGGUACUGCUGCAGUCAGGGGGAAUCGAAUCCUGGAUAAAGACAGACAUCAUUAUUGGGAAAUCAAAAUGCUGACGCCUAUUUAUGGAACUGACGUGAUGGUUGGCGUAGGUACAGAGAAAGCUCAACUCGACGUUUGGGAGAAGUUCUGCUCGCUCCUGGGGAUGACGAAGGACUCCUGGGGUUUCUCCUACACAGGGAGGAUCCAGCACGCAGGGGAAUCACGACAUUAUGCUAUGCCCUUCGGCCAGGGUAGUAUCGUCGGGGUGCACUUGGACACCUGGAGGGGAACCCUUCAGUUUUUCCUGAACCGAAGACCCCUGGGGAUCGCUUUCACAGGGCUCAGGGGCCUCCAGCUCUAUCCCAUGGUCUCAUCCACAGCUGCCAGGAGUUCUGUCCGGAUCACCCACAGCUGCUCUGCCCCAGCAUCACUCCAGAUGGAAUGUCUAGCUCUCCUGAGACCUUUCCAGAAGCGUUACCUCACCGUUAUUUUUCCUGGACUCAAGUACCUGACGCAGAGCAUUCUUGCAGAUGUUUUAUCAAUUAACCGAAAUGACGACGAAGACGAGGACGAGUACGAGUUCCCAGAGGAGCACCUGAUCCUCGACGACUUUGACUUCGCCCUUGUGGGAUAUGGAAGAAGAAAAAAAAAGCGACGAGUCAUAUUUCCAGAAACAGAAUCUCUGGAGAUCUCCCCCUGAUAGACAAUUCCAUAAUUUUUUUGUAAUUAAAAAUUCUAUUCAAUUUUU